GUCUCAUCUCGCACCUAUAACACUUGCUCCUACUAUUGAAUUGAGCUCACGCAAACCGGAAUAAACGCCAAUUGAUGCGUAUAAAAGCAGCCAUGAUGUCCUCUCGACUUCCGCGUAUACUCCGAGGCACUGCGCUCUCACCGCAGGCCAGAUUUGUCGCUGCCAACAUUCGGAAUAGACAACAAGUCAUUGCUCGUCGAUCCUAUGCAGAGGCUGCAGAUAAUAACGUUCACGAGCGAAGAAAGGGCAAUUUUCCAUGGCUAGUUCUCUCAGUCGCUAUAACUGUUCCAGCUGCAUGGUAUCUGUGGUCUUCAGGACCUAAAGAGACUUCACAAGGAGCAGGACCCAAGCGUCCUGCCGUCAAGGGACCCGAAGAGGGAAGACAAGUAUCGGGCGAAAAACAGUCAGAGCGUGAUCCGGCCCACGCAAUCAAACCUGAGGGAAAUAUCGGUGAAAAUUCAGGCGCCCAAACUUCCAAACAGCAAGGUGUUUCCAAUGAUGAUACCAUGAACCCCUAUCUUAAUGCUCCGGGCAAGGGCGAGAAACCCGAAGGUGUUACCGAUUCAUCCAAGUUGAAGGGAACCGUAUCACCUGAACGAUAAACGAUGGAUGGAUUGAUUGUUCUGGAGAAAGAAGACCCGUGCAAACCCAUGUAAAGUUAUGUCAUAGACGUACUAGUAUUGGAUUAGCUGAAUGUCACAUUAUUAGCAAUUAAGUUAAUAUUUACAAGAUUUGAAAUACCUAUUUUGGCUAUCAUGUCGUAAAUCCUGAUCCAGUAACCAUCUCCUUGCAGGUAGACCGUAGUGCUGCGUCAAGAUCACUACAAUAUCGACCAUUCGAAGAAAUACAUAAGGCAAUUCAAGAAGAAAGCGUCGUCAUCAUCUCAGAUCCCCAACCAAUAGUUGAAUAAUAACAGAGAAAUUUGUAAAUCAUCCCGCCAUGACACAACAGUGCAGUGAAAGAAUGUUUGACAAGUAAAAGAAGUAAAUGUGAUUCGGGUCCCCUCCUGUCCCUUUUGUGUAAUGAAAUAUUAAUGCAAGUUUGAAUGUAUAUGUAUAAAAGUCGUCCAUAAAUCACACAACCACGAAGAAAGAAGACCAAGUAUAGCAAGCCAGUAUCUCAUAAAUACCGUGACUCUGGAUCUUGCACACAGUCAAGAGCGAAUUAAGCGGAACCCGGGACGGGCCUGGUGUAUGUGUAAAAGUCAUAAAAUCAUGCUCGUCCUUACUUGCGUUUACGGCCGUCUGCCGACUUGCCGUUGACAGAAACCUGGGAGGAGACACCUUCUGCUUCGCUGGUUCCGUUGGCAGUCUUGGAGACGCUCGAUUCUUCUUCCUCUUCCUCGUCCUCAUUGUCACUUCUUUCGUCCUUUGCAACAUCGUCAAAGAGGUAGUUCUUAAGAAUGCGCAUAAUCAAGUAGAGCCAGAAGAGAUUGACGGCCUGAAGACUGGCAAGGAGAGCAAAAGUGAUGUACUGGCUGAUCCAGCACUUGUAUUGUUGAGUCUCCCAGUUCAAUUCGAAUGGACCCACGGUCCUGAAUUCGGUAAGAACUGCCCAGAGAAUCUUCAAGUUUAUAUAAUGGCGCAAGUAAAUCCAGAUUGAAACGAACAAGCCGAAAUAAGGGCCAAUAAUAGGUGAG